CAGGGUAAAGACAGCGUACACCAGCUCGCAGUCACACAAACGACUCAAUUUACCACUUUUAGUGUGAAAAUGCCCCUUCUUGGGUUAGAUACGUACAGUCUGUAUUACCUUUGUUAGGCGGUGUGUCGAGAUAGUAUUGAGCACGUUCGGGUGGCGGUCAGGACGGAGCUGGGUUGUGCGAGCGUUGCUGCUGUCGUGUGACAUCCAUCGGUCGGCUUCAAAAUUCCAAAGCUCUGCAUUCUUUUACCAACAUAGGCAGAUCGGCAAUGGAUGAUGGAGGCCGAUGUCUGCUUGACGUUAUAAAGACAAACAGAGCCAGUUCAAGUGAUCCCAAUCUUCUGAGGUCAUUUCUUGAAAGUGGAAGUGACAAGGUUCAAGAAAUUCUUACAGGGCAAAGAAAUGUCUGGCAUUGUCAGACAUUAAAUAGUGUUCCAGAGCUGGAUUUAAGUACACAAAAUGUUCAUCAUAAUGCCUUAUCCAACACAUUGGACCAACAGGAUGGUUCGUGUUCUGAUACUAGCUUUGAAAAUUCACAAAUUAGACAAGAUCAAGUAACAAAUGUUAAUCAUUUUAACUCAACCAUCCUUGUACCAGAACCGUCCUCUGAACAGUUGGGAUUCACAUGUCAAGUAGACAAUGCAGGUCUCCUGUCACAAACGUCUAAUAUUGGUGUUUCAACUGUAUGUUCAUCACCUGUUACUUUUUCAUCCUAUCAUACACCUUCUCCAGUUGGAACAACUAUACAUCAUGUUCCAUCCCCAGCUCAUCCUCAACCUUCUCCAGCAACUCCACGUUCUGCUACACCAUUGCCUCAUGCUAUUCGUUCUCCAAGUCAAGGUUCACCUUCAGUUCAGUCAAUACAUAGUAUGCCUCCUCCAUCACCUCUUCAACAAACUCGAUCUCCUUUACCAUCUCAUACCCCAUCACCAGCUCCUGCUUGGUCCCCUAUUCCUAUUGUACAGUCACCAGCUAUGGGAAGAACACAAACUGUGGCUCAUAAUCAAUUACUUCAAACUUCUGGUAAUGUAACACAAGUGGUUCAAACAGUAUCUCAACAGAUAGCUCAGAAAUUACAACUACAACAGCAAGUUAUUUUUCAACAUCAGUCACAACAGCCAAGGCUUCCUACUGUUGCAGCUCCUUCGGUAAUUCCAUCAACAACCAAUGUUCCCAUGGCAGCCCCUCCUGUUGUGCAGAUUAUUCCAGCUCCUCAACAGAGUACAUCAACGUCAACGCGUAAUCCUCAAACUUCUGUGCGUCCAAUACAGCCAAAACAGCCACAGCAAAUUUUACCUAAACCUGUUGGAACUGCAUCAAAUCAGUUUGCAACACCAGUUGUGAAACAAGUUGGUUCACCUGGUGUAGCAUCUAAUCAAAGGACUGUUGGGAUGGGAAUAAAUACAGGACAAGUAGUGAUUGGCCAAGGUCAACCUGGUGUUUUUACAGGACCACAAGGAACGAUUGUACUUAAUCAAAUAAUUCCAGCUGUUGGACAGAGUCCUAUUUUAAUUCAAGGAAAUUUAGGAAAUUUACCAGGAGUACAAUUUACUCUGCGACCCCAACAAUCUUCUCUCACAGCCAGUGCCUCGUCAGGACAAACGCAGAGUGGUGCUCAGAAUAAUGCAGCUCUCAUUGCUGCAUUGCAAGCUCAGAGUCAAACAACUCAAACCCUUUUUACACAAGCUAAAGCAUCUCUUCCAGGUCAGCAGACUAUUGUUAUUCCUAGUAGUAUCACACAUCCAAGUUUAACUGCCCAGAAUCUGAAUUUAGCUGCUACUGCAAAUCCAUCUGUUAAUAAUACUGUUGUACCUACAGCAUCACAAGGACAAGGAUUACUAACAAGACCUAAUAUUAUAUUAGCACCAAGAUUAAUGGGCCCAAAUCAAGGUAUUCAGUUUCAACAAAUACAAACACCACAAGGUCCUAUUACUGUUGCUUUAGCACCCAGUCAGUCUAUUACAUUACCACAGUUACCAACAGCCUUACAAAAUACUGCCUUAGGUGCACAUCUAAAUGCUGGCACAAUUCCUGCUUCUGGUGUGAUGACUGCUGGACAAAGUGUGAUUUCAAGUAUUUCUCUCCAAGCACAACCAACUGCAGGAACAAUUUCAACUCAGCAACAAUUAAUACCAGGUACAAAUGUUACAUUUCAAAACCAAACAGAACAGCCAUCUGUUCAGAUAGCUACAGUAUCUAAUAAUACAAUAACUUCCACUCCAACAACUUCCCAAACUACUACGUCGUCUGAAAUUUCUUCCACAUCUACAUCAAAACCUAUUAAAGUUCCUAGUGUUAAUUUGGCAGAACUGUUAAAACAACAUGGUAUUGUGCCUGAGACUACACCUCCAUCUUCUCCAACGCAGUCUCCCCAUCAAGAUAUACUGCAGUCAUCACCUUCAGAAGAUACUAAUGUUAUAAAUGCUGGUGAUAUUUCUAAAGGUUCUACACUUAUUGACACACUACAGUCAUCUCCACAAAUUAUAACUGUUACACAGCCAAAUCAGACAGUGCCUCAAGUUAAGCUAACCUUAGCCCAUGAUGGAAGUGUGAUUUUACAGUCACAUAAUUUGUCGUCUUCAAAUGUUCCUCAAGGGCAAGCUCAGGGUCUAGACAUUCAGACGAGCACAGUAACAGUAUCACCGUUUAUCAGUACAGCAACUACGAGUGCAGGCUUUAUGACUAGUACUACGCAGAAUCAUUCAGCCUUGCUGGCAAGGCUAAAUGCUGCUCCUGCAGUUGAUAUGACGUCUUUGAAUUUAGCUGGAAGUAUAUGUACUCCAACAACUGUCACUUCCACUAUUACAACAACUCCAACCAUAUCACCAUUAAUUCCUUUAACUGUACAAAAUAUAAGUGAUGGAAUUGUUCCAAUUACAAGUGCUCAGUUCACUACUCAACCAGCAACGACUUUAUCUACGCAAGAAACUAUAUUUCAGGAUUCAUGUAUGCCCAUUGUAAAUUCAAACUCAUCUUUGGAUAAUGUAGUACCAUCAUCAAGAAUAAAUCAUGUUAUAGUAGGAGUACAAGUUGCAACUUCUCAAAAUAGUUCUUUACCAAGUGUUAAUUCUGGACAAACAUCUCAUAUAAUUGCUACUUCAUCUAUGGAUACUGUUGCAGAUAAUUCAGCACCUGUAUCAACUUUAACUAGUAAUUUACAAUCUAAUGGAAUUCCAACUAAAAUUACUCAUGAUAUCUCACAAGGACUUCCCUCUAGCAAUAUAGGUACGAUACAAGCUACAGUAGUUCCAAGUCAAAACAUUCAACUGAAUGUGCCAAAUCAACAAAUAGAAACAGAAAAUAGAAAUAUAUCCCAAUCACAAUUACACUUACAAUCUGUCGCUACAUCAGUAGUUCCAGUGCAGUCACAACCAAAUUCUUCUACCAGUCAGAAUGUACGUCUUGUUAAUCUACUGAAACAAGGCCCAGUUCAAUCAAUUCCACUAAGAGUUAUUGCACCUGCUCCAUGUUCUGUAACAUCUUCCACAAAUGAAACUUUAAGUACUGUAACAAAUAUAGCAGUUCCAACUCAAGUCAGAGUAGGUAAUCAGAUACUUACAUUAGCAACUCGUCAAGCCCAUACAGUUCAAGGAAUACAACAUCAAUUUCGUAGUUUUUCUGCCGAUCAGCAACAGUUUCCUCAAACUCAACAGGUUGUUUUAAGAAUACAGCAAAAUCAACAAUUGCAGCAGAAACAGCAGUCUUCAGUUAGCACUCUUACAGUUCCUGGUGUUAUACAAAUUCAGAAUAAAUUAAAUAGGAUAGGAGUUCCAGUAUCCAAAGCAAGUCAAUUUCAGCAACAGUUAAGAUGUGAUCAUAAUGGAGUACUUCGUCCAAAUUGUAAACAGCCUUUUACUUCAUAUGAAGAAGCAUGUAGACGACUCCUACCAUAUCAUGUAUUUAAUUCACAAAAUUUUCAUGAGGAGGAUUUAAAUAAAGUUGAUCAAUCAUUCGAAGCAAUAUCUCAUAAAUGUUUAGAAAGAAUCAAAAGAUUGCAUAACAAGUAUCAUUAUUUACUACUGAAAGAAGGCAUGGUAAGAUAAAAAGGAAAUUUUGAUAAAUUUAAUCUAAUUGUAAUGUAUUUAAUUUAAUUUAACAUAUUCUUUCAUAUUUAAAUUAGGAAGAUUUACAAUGCUUAUUAAGCUGAUACUAAAUAAACAUGAAAAUUAAAUUAAUUUGAUUUGGGUUGCAAAAUUAUCAUCUAAAUAUAUAUAUGUUGCUUAUAGCAAAUUUUAUGCAUGGUAUAUAAUAUUUGCUUCAUGAAAAUUGGAGGAUUGAAUCCAUUAUGAGUCCAUAUAAAGGAUGGUUACAUAUAUACAGUAAAACUUCUCUAAUUCAAACAUCUAUAACUUGAAUAUUUCUUUAACUCAAAGAAAACAAAGCAAUUCACUUGAU